UAAGCAUCUCUAUCAUCAUUCAUAUAUGCAUACUUAACAUCAUUCUCGCCCCAGUCCGAAUCUGCGCCAUCGCCGGCCGAGUCACAUCGUUACCCUUCCCUGCUUCAUUCUGCUACCUUAUGUCCGCCGUAUAACAGCUGGGCCAGGCAUGUUCCGGUCCCUCAAGAAAAAAACCGAGGCUGCUUUUCGCAGACGAAAGACCAACAAGUCCAUCCCCUCCACCGUCACCCAAGGCACUCUUCCCGCCGACGUCAACUGGCCCUUCCAGAACGACUACUCAUAUCCGCCCUCCACCACGCCCUCGGCUGCGGCGGCUAACACCGAUACCGUCACGUACGGCGCCGGUUCAGAGCAGUCGACUCCUGUUGAGCCUCGUUUUCAGGCCAGCUUUGAGGGGAGCCACGAUACGAGCGGUGGUGAGAGUUCGUCGCUUGACCUUUCUUACUUGGAAGAGCCUUUCCCUGAGGAGGGGGUUGAUGCUGCGGAGGGCGAGGGCGCGGAAGACGAGCUGAGACAAGAAGACUUGUAUACCACAAAGUACGUUCCGUUUGUGGAGUCUUCGGCGAUGAGGAACAACAUGUUUGUUCAUGCGGCUACGUCGCAUUAUGGCAUGGUGAAUCCUGCCAUAAUGAGUGGCUUUGGAGACGAUGAUGAGUCGAUAUGGCUUGUCGAUGAUGAGGAGGCGGAAGAGGGACCUACAGUCAAGAGAGAAGGGCAAGAACUGAGGGAAGGGGAAGACGAUGAGCGUGAAGGAGAGGAAAGGGAAGAAAUGGGGGAAGACGAGCCGGAUGUCGCUCGACUAUCGACAAAUCAACCUCCUACGGUGCCAAUCCUGCCUGAAGCAGCUUCGAUGGCUGGCCAGCAGACUGGAUUCAGAUAUCGCAUCAACUAUGCCCUGUUUGAUGACGACGAGUUUGCAAGCUCACGGGAAGAAGAGACGACUCCCACAUCUGUGAGUGUGGGGAGGGCCCCUAGUCUGCGUCCACGGUCCUCUGGCACCAAUUCGUUGGAGAGUUUGAGCGUCAAAAGCGAAUUUCGCCUCCCUAAUGGGGCCCGAGACGAAAUUGGUGCAUCCAACGGCUCCUCUACUCCGGCUACAAGCAAUCCGUACGUCGAUCUCCUUGAGCAGCAAGACUCUGCUAUGACGGUGGCGUAUCAGCGCCGUCUGGACCUGUCCGGAAGACGUGGAGACGAUGAAGCUGAUGAUUUCAGCAAAAUCUGGACGGACAUCAGAUGCCCCGAGUGCCGUGGAUUGCUAGACUAUACAGACAUUCAGCGCUAUGCCGACGAGGAGACAUUCAGGAGAUAUGAGACGCUUGCUCUCCGAGCUGCCAUGGCCGAGGCCGAGAAUUUCUUCUGGUGUACCUCAGGCUGUGGCUCUGGUCAGAUACAUGAAAGCGGCCAUGAGCUGCCCAUUGUGAUAUGCCUACACUGCAGCCACCGAUCCUGUUUCCGCCACAAUGUCGCGUGGCAUCAGGGCUUGACGUGUGAUGAGUACGAUCAGCUGCUUGCCAAUCCAGAUAACUUCCGCUCCAGGCUAGAAAUCGACAACGAUGAGUGGGCGGCGUCGCAGCAAGCACAGCUCAACGCAGACAGAGCCAUGGCCCAGGGCUUGCUGGAAGAAGAAAGAAGAGCCGCGGAGAUGAGGCAUCGGAGAGAGCGCGAGGAAAGGGAGAGGACAAGGAAAGCAAUAGAACUGGCGAGGCAGAUCGCAGCGAGGAGGAAGGUAGAGGAAGAGAUGAGCAGGAUAACCGUGGGGAGGACGACCAAGCCAUGUCCGGGGUGUGGAUGGGCUAUCGAAAAGAAUGACGGAUGCUCGCACAUGACUUGCGUCAAAUGCAAGCACCAGUUUUGUUACGAGUGUGGCGCGGAUCACCGGCAGAUUCUGGAAAAUGAUAAUACCGUCCACCUAGAGACUUGCAGAUUUCAUCCGAGCCAGCUGGAGGAGUCGGGUGUGGAGGAGAUGGAGGAUGCGUAUGAUGCUGAUGCAGAUGAGGAAAGGGAGGAAGAGGAGGAGGAAGAGGAGGAGCAUGAUGUCUUUGAUGAAUAUGCGGAGUUUGAAUUUUGGGGUAACUAUCCAGACGAAGAAGAGGAUGAGGAAGAAGGCGAGCAGGCUGAGGAUGAGGAUGAGGUUGAGGUUGAGGUUGAGGUUGAGGUUGAGGUUGAGGACGAGAAUGAUGAUGAAUAUGAUGGAUACCUCGAUUACAGCGACGAAGAGGAUGGAUUUGACGACUUUUGGUUUGGCGCUGAUGAGGUGAUGCGCAUUCACGAGAGCAUUAGGUCAUCCUAA